UUGAGAUACAAUGCUAUGGGGGAAAGAAUAGCUCCAUGCUUAAUCUUUAAGGUGGCGUGAAUUCAUCAGGCCAGGCCAAGGGAACACAGAGCGAAGAAGAAGGCUAAGCAAUGCUCACUGAUGAAUCUGCUGGGCUGUCGGAAACGAAUACGGCGCUUUUCUUGGAUGCCUUUCUCCCUCAACCCUCGCUGCACUUCUUCUCUGUGUCUUUCCCUUCCAACAACAUGCAUAACCUUAAUCGCUCCCUCUGUUUUGGCGAUUAUACGGCUGGUUGGAUUUGUGCGCUGUUUUGCUUUCACAUUCCUCCUUUGAUCGAUCAUUUCAUCAGUGUCUGCUUUCACAACCGUUUAAAACACUGCUCUUAAGCAGUAGAUAAACUCGUUUCAGUGAUUCAACAAUUGCAUCACAAUAUGAAGGCUAGAUUUGGCGCAGUUAUCCAGUUGGGUUUUCUAUUACGCGCCCCUGAAAUCUUGGGCCCUCUAGUUUUUGAUUCCCCUGCUCCAAAAGCCUCAAUUUUGAAGCUUUGCCGUUACCGGGCAAACCUUUCCGGCUUCACCACGGUAGCGGCAGCACUGCCACUAGGUGAAACCCUAGACGAAGCAGUGACAAUACAAGGGGACAGCCAUGGAAGCAUUCAUGAGCGCCUUUCCCGCCACCCGAACCCCGAAAUCUCGGUUUUUCUCCACAAAGGUUUUUCAGAAAUUGAGAACGAGAUUGUGGGUAGAGCAGUACAUGCAGUAUGGUUAAAAGGUUCAAGUUCAAUCCACGUGUGCACAUUCCACAUAAACACAUUGAUAAGCAUGUACUCCAAGUUUGGCAAGAUUGAGCCUGCUAGGUACCUGUUCGAUACAAUGCCCGAGAGGAAUGGGGCUUCUUGGAGCACCAUGAUGUCUGGUUAUGUUCGAGUAGGUUCAUAUCCGGAUGCAGUUAUCCUGUUUCGUGAAAUGUGUGAUCAAGAAUCUGAGCCAAGUGGGUAUUUAGUGGCUAGCUUGGUGACUGCAUGCAGUAGGUCUAUGAUUAUGUUUUUUGAAGGAAUUCAACUCCAUGGUUUUGUACUUAAAAUUGGCUUGUUGUGGAAUGUGUUUGUGGGCUCUGCGUUUCUACAUUUUUAUGGCACAUAUGGGUUCGUUUCUGGUGCUAAGAGACUCUUUCAGGAGAUGCCAGAGAGGAAUGUAGUUUCUUGGACUUCCUUGAUGACUGCAUAUUUGGACAAUGGAGACCCUGGGGAGGUUAUAAAUAUAUACCAACAGAUAAAGCAAGAAGGGGUUAGCUGUAAUCAAAAUACUUUCACUACGACAUUUUGUUCAUGUGGGUUACUUGAGGAUGAGUUAUUGGGUCAUCAAGUGCUUGCAGAUGUUAUAAAGUCUGGGUAUGAGAAUAAUGUUUCUGUUGCAAACUCUCUCAUCUCAAUGUUUGGCAGUUUAUGUAGCAUACAAGACGCCCGCUAUAUCUUUGAUAACAUGAUUGAGCGAGACAUGGUUUCUUGGAAUUCAGUCAUUUCAGCAUAUGCACAUAAUGAGCUUUGGGAGGAAUCACUUAGAUGUUUCCAUUUGAUGCGUAUUGCUCAUGGUGCAAUAAAUUCAACCACGCUCUCUGCUAUACUAUCGAUAUGUGGUACCUUGGAUAAUCUGAGGUGGGGGUGUGGGAUUCAAGGAUUAGUAGUUAAAUUGGGAUUUGAUUUAGACGUUUGUGUUUGUAAUACUCUUCUUACCAUGUAUUCUGAGACUGGAAAACUUGAAGAUGCAAAAGAAUUAUUCCAAGGAAUGCCAGAGAAGGAUUUAAUAUCGUGGAAUUCCAUGUUGUCUGGCUAUGAACUAAAUGGGAAGUGCCUGGAUGCUUUGAGACUAUUGGCUGAAUUGUUUAAUAUGGGAAAAGGAACAAACUACGUGACAUAUGCUAGUGCUUUAGCUGCAUGCUCAAACCCUGAACUUGUUGUUGAAGGUAAGAUUGUUCAUGCACUUGUUAUCAUGGCUGGCCUUGAUGGCAAUUUGAUUGUUGGAAAUGCACUUAUAGCCAUGUAUGGACAGUGCAACAUGAUGUCUGAAGCUAAAAAGGUUUUCCAAAAAAUGUCCAAGAAAGACUUGGUUACUUGGAAUGCACUUAUUGGUGCUUGUGCUGAAAAUGAAGAACCAGAUGAGGCAUUAAAGUAUUUUAAGUUGAUGAGAGGAGGCAGCAUCUCUGCAAACUACAUCACAAUUGUUAAUGUUAUCGGUGCUUUCUCAGCUCCAAGUGCAUUAAUAGUACAUGGAAUGCCCAUGCACGCACAUAUAGUUCAUACUGGAUUUGAAUUAGAUGAUUAUGUGAAGAAUUCCCUCAUCACAAUGUAUGCCAAGUGUGGUGAUCUCAGUUCAAGUAACUAUAUCUUUAGCCAAUUGGCUGACAAGAACCCUGUGACAUGGAAUGCCAUGGUUGCUGCAAAUGCUCAUCACGGUGAUGGAGAAAAGGCUUUAAAACUCUUUAUCGAGAUGCAAAGAUCUGGAGUAAGUUUAGAUCAGUUCAGCUUAUCUGCAGCCCUUGCUGCUUCUGCAAACUUGGCUAUUUUAGAAGAAGGGCAACAGCUUCACUGUCUGUCCACUAAACUUGGAUUUAGCUCAUAUUUGUAUAUUAUAAAUUCUACCAUGGAUAUGUACGGGAAGUGUGGGGAAAUGGAUGAUGUGCUGAAAUUGCUUCCUGAACAAAAGAUGAGAUCACGACUAUCUUGGAACAUAUUAAUAUCAGCUUUUGCUAGAGACGGAUCUUUUGACAAAGCUAGAGAAACUUUUCAUGAAAUGAUAAAAGUGGGAACAAAGCCUGAUCAUGUUACCUUUGUCUCCCUUCUAUCUGCUUGUAGUCACGGUGGCUUAGUGGAUGAAGGCCUCGCAUAUUUCGCUUCGAUGACUAAGGAAUUCGGGGUACCAGCUGGAAUAGAGCAUUGUGUGUGCAUUAUUGAUCUUCUUGGACGUUCAGGCAGACUCUCUGAAGCUAAAAAGUUCAUUGAUGAAGAAAUGCCAGUGCCACCAAAUGACUUUGUAUGGCGAAGUUUGUUAGCAGGUUGUAAGAUCCAUGGCAAUUUGGAGCUGGGAAGGGAAGCCACUGAACAUCUUCUCCAGUCCAACCCAUCAGAUGAUUCAGCUUACGUUCUUUAUUCCAAUGUAUGUGCUAAUUCUGGGAAAUGGGAUCAGGUUGAGAAUGUCAGGGCACAAAUGCAAUCAUAUCAGGUAAAGAAGCAGCCAGCUUGUAGUUGGAUUAAGUUGAGAAAUGAAGUGAGUUCAUUUGGCAUGGGAGACCUGUCCCACCCAGAGACUGCUAAAAUAUAUGCAAAAUUGGGAGAGCUUAGGAAGAUGAUUACAGAAGCAGGUUAUGUACCAGACACUGCAUUCUCAUUGCAGGACACUGAUGAAGAACAAAAGGAGCAAAAUCUUUGGAACCACAGUGAAAGACUUGCUUUGGCUUAUGGAUUGCUCGGUCAUCCGAAAGGUUCGAGACUUAGAAUUUUCAAAAACCUUCGUGUUUGUGGUGAUUGUCAUUCUGUUUUCAAGUUUGUGAGUAAAAUUAUUCAGCAAGAAAUCGUACUUAGGGACCCUUACAGAUUUCACCAUUUUAGCAAUGGGAAAUGCUCUUGUGGUGACUAUUGGUAGAGCGGCCAUUGCAAGUUUUUCUUAGAGGAUGGUCAGUUUUGGAGCAAGGUUGACUUACGGGAUUAUUAAAUUGGCAUGUUAGACACAGUUGGAGCCAUGUCGGGCGUUGUGUCCGUCUCAACCUUGUUCCCAAACUGAUAAUGCUCCAAUACUGGAUUAUUGAUUGGGCAAACUCAUCCUCAUGUAUUUUGAACACCAUGUGUUGUGCAUACUUUAAAUUUUGUUUUAAAAAAUAUUUGUGUUACAAAACAUAUUGACGCCAGUGAAAUCAUAUAUGCAAAAUGUAAUUGGACCACUAAGAUUGCAGGAGAUGCUACAGUGGUAAAUUUUUUUAUCAUGACUUGUAACAUGAGAUUUGCUAUGUUUAAUGACUUCUCGAAAUUGCUUGCCAUGGUUGAGACUCAAUUUGCAACCUCUAUUGUUAUGUUAAGAAGAUUUAGACAAAUAAAAGUAGUUUGCAAACAAUGGUUAUU